ACACACCAAGCUCGGUGUAUGCAAACAUAUCCUCUUACUUAGAAUAUCCCCAACACAUCUACACAGUCACCAACUUGCUUACAAAGAUCAAAUAGCCUUAAACUCUUCACAGGUUGCUGAAAAAUCAAAGCAUUCUUUUGCAGUAUAUUUGCUUCAAUGGCUAUCAUGGUUACCUUGCCUAUUUUCUCAUGGUUUUGUCCAUGGAGAACCAGCUUUGGUGCAGGAAGAAAUAGUUUGAAGCCAGGCGAUGUGCUUGAUAGCACGAGCAGGCUAAACUCCUUAAACCAGAGGUUCUAUCUAAAUUUUCAACCAAUUGAUACAUUCACCGUCCUUGCUAUAAGCCGCGUAGACUCUGAAAACCAUGGUUAUAAAUAUAAGAGUUGGGUUGUAAACAGAAACGACCCUAUUUUAAACAAUUCUGGAAUUCUUACUUUGGAUUACUCCGGUGCUCUCACGAUCAACCGUCAAAACGGGAAGCCAAUAACUCUGUAUUCUCCUGUCAAAUCUGAAGUUGCCAACAAUACCAUUCUCACUUUAUCAGAUUCAGGAAACUUGGUCCUGCAAGAGUUGCAUCCCAAGGGUGAUUCAAAGCAUGUGUUGUGGCAGAGUUUUGAUCAUCCUUCAGAUAUAUUACUGCCAGGCAUGAAGUUAGGACUUAAUCACAGAACUGGUCAGUCUUGGUCUGUGACAGCAUCCAUUUCUGAUGCCGCCCCAGGUUCUGGUUCCUUUACACUUGAGUGGGACUCAAGACAAAAGCAAUUGAUCAUAAAGAGGCAAGGGCAGAUAUAUUGGGUAAGUGGAGUGCUGAAAAACAAGAGAUUUGUGAACAUACCUGAAGAAGUUCAGCAGUUUUAUGAAUACAUCAUUGUCUCGAAUGAGGAGGAAGAGUCCUUUAGUUACAGAAGUAUAUAUGAAGAAUCACAGUGGGUGCUGUUUCAUAAUGGUCAGUUAUUGGACACAAGAGGAAGUGAUUAUUCCAUUGCUAGGGCUGAUACCUGCUAUGGUUACAACAAUGUUGGUGGUUGUCAAAAAUGGGAGCUACCAACCUGUAGGAAACCUGGUGAUACAUUCCAAAUCAAGAUUGGAUAUAUUGAUUAUCUAUCUAAGAAUACUAGAUCAUUUAAGACAGACACAAACGUUAGUAUUGGUGAAAGUGAUUGCAAGGCUGCUUGCUGGACCAACUGUACUUGCACUGGGUUCAAAACUUUGUUCAGAAAUGGAACUGGAUGCAUACAUUACAAUGGGCCUUUGGAGAUAGCAAGUGUUUUCUCUAGGGACUAUAGAAUUAACAUCUUAGAACGACAUGAAUUAGAUCAUGAAGUUAUGAAGAAGUGGAAAAUAGUUGGUCCUGCCUUGGCAGCAGCUCUGAUCAUAGUCUUCCUUGGAAUUUGCUACCUAAGAAGGGGGAUAAAAACAGAUGAAGUUCAAGAUAAUGGAAGAAGCAGAGAGGAGAAAGAACUUCGUAACUUAUUAUCUUCUGAUAGAGAUAUUCAGAGUGACGUAAAGAAGGCAAACUUAAGAAUUUUCAGCUAUGAAUCAAUUAUGGAAGUAACAAACAGGUUCUCACCAGAAAACAUGCUAGGAAAAGGAGGCUUUGGACCUGUAUAUAAGGGAUUAUUGCCAAUGGGAGAAGAAAUAGCCAUAAAAAGACUUUCAAGGGGUUCAGCGCAAGGAGUAAUUGAGUUUAAAAAUGAACUAAUUCUAAUAUCUGAACUCCAACAUAUGAAUCUUGUUCAGUUGUUAGGUUGCUGCAUUCAUGGAGAAGAGAGGAUGUUAAUUGAGUUCAUGCCUAAUAAAAGCUUAGACUUCUUUACAUUUGAUUCUGCUCAGAGCAAUUCACUAUAUUGGGAAAGGCGUUUCAACAUAAUUGAGGGAAUCGCUCAAGGAUUACUCUAUCUUCAUAAAUAUUCAAGACUAAAAGUAGUUCAUAGAGACUUGAAAGCUAGUAACAUUCUUCUUGAUGGCAAUAUGAAUCCUAAAAUUUCAGAUUUUGGUAUGGCCAAAAUUUUUACACAAGAAUCAAAUGUACAUACAGAUCGGAUUGUUGGGACAUAUGGUUAUAUGUCACCUGAGUAUGCCAUGGAAGGUGUUUUCUCUACUAAAUCAGAUGUCUAUAGUUUUGGAGUCUUGCUACUUGAAAUAGUUAGUGGUAGAAGAAACAACAGCUUCUACAAUGCCCAACAUCCACUAAAUCUAAUAGGAAAGGCUUGGGAACUAUGGAAAGAAGGUCAGGGUCUAGACUUGGUUGAUCCCACUUUAAGAGAUUCACGCAAUCCAAAUCAAGUAUUAAGAUGUAUCCACGUUGGACUUCUAUGUGGAGAACAAAGUGCAGAAGAUCGUCCAUCCAUGUCUGAUGUUAUAGCCUUGUUGACAAAUGAAGCUGUUUCACUUCCUUUCCCAAAAAGACCAGCAUUUUACUGUGGAAUGAAGAUCAACAAGAAACAUCAAAAUCCUAAUGAUUGUGAAACUCAUUCAGUGAAUGGUUUGUCUAUUUCAAACGUAAGAGCAAGAUGAAACCAUUAGAGGUGCUUAUGCUUUAGUACGAAAUUCCAACGGUUAAUUUAUGAGAUUGACAUGUAUCUUCGAUGCUUAUAUCUUACUAGCAAAAGUGUUCAUUUAUGUUCUCCAUAUUUUCAUUUGAGAAAUGCUUUGCUUUCAUGUAUCUUCCUUGUUUCUCCAGUAACAUCGCAAAGAAAUGUCC